GUCCUGUUUGCGGAGGAGGUGGAGAGCCCUGGCUGUGGAUACAUUGUGAGUGCUGGCAGCGGGGCCCGAGACAUGGUCAGUGUGAAGGUGGACAGGUUUAAGUAAAUUCCAAGUGGGAAGUGUGAGAAACUCCUGUAUUUGCGACAAUGGAGUUUGAUAAACAGUCUGUCUGGGGAUCUCUGAAGGAAAAGACACGGCCCCUACUUCAGAACUUAACAGUCCGAAAAUCCAAGAGAAGCUCACGGAAGGUAUUGGAUGUUCGUAAAAGGCACUUCUUGGGCCACCGGAUGAGCGUUUCUGUGCCUGAUAUGAUGGACAUUGGAUGUACAAUUCAGGAGGAGAAUGAGUACAUGGAGUCUAUGGUUUGUACGAGUUCUGUUUCUAACAGCCGUUCCUCCCCGGUGAUGUCCCACAGUAGACAAAGGGAAUACAUUAAGCAGGCCAACGAAACCAGCACCUGGACGCAGGAGGAAAGUGUACGUGUGGAAAUCACAGUGACUGAGACUGAUGUGCUGGACUGUUCAAACUUUGAAACCCAAGAAGAGGAGAUAUAUGGGGAUGAGAAGAAAAUCCUAGAGCUGAUGAACAAGGAGUGCAUGGGUGAUGAUUUCACUGAUAGAAAAAAUGAGGAUCCUUCAGGCACUGAUCUGAACUCAUCUCUGUCUUCACAGCAUUCAGAAGAGCUGGUGGGUUUUGAAGACAGUGUGAGCAGUCUUUCUGGUGUUAUGUCUUAUCUCCUUACCAUACAUUUACAGGAAGGUCGGAAUCUUGUUGUAAGAGACCGUUCAGGUACCAGUGAUCCGUACGUCAAAGUCAAACUUAACAAGAAGACACUGUAUAAAAGUAAAGUCGUGUAUAAGAACCUCAACCCAGUGUGGGAUGAGACCUUUGUGUUGCCUAUCCAGAGUCUUGACCAAAAGUUGCAAAUAAAGGUAUAUGAUCGAGACUUGACCACAGAUGAUUUUAUGGGAUCUGCCUUUUUAGACCUGCAAGAACUUGAACUGAACAAGACUGAAGAAAAAACAUUCCGGCUGGAAGAUCCAAAUAGCAUGGAGGAGGAUAUGGGGGUGAUUGUGGCAGACGUUGGGUUGACUAUCAGGCUGAGAGACCCAAAGAAUAAUAGAUGGUCAACCCGGAGGAAACUUGGUGGUUCCAAGGCGAUCUCAAUCCACAGCCUGCAAUUGUCCGAAUCGCUUAGGAAGACGCAGCUAUGGAAUGGAAUUGUCAGCAUCACAUUGCUGGAAGGGAUAAACCUCUCUGAAGGAGCCUCCAUGGACAGCUUUGUAAGGUUCCGACUUGGUGAUCAGAAGUACAGAAGCAAGACGCUUUGUAAAAGCUCAAACCCUCAGUGGAGGGAGCGCUUUGAUUUCCACUACUUCUCUGACAGGAUGGGAAUCUUGGAUAUUGAAGUCUGGGGAAAAGAUAACCGAAAACAUGAGGACCUGAUGGGGAUGUGCAAAGUGGAUAUUGCUGCUUUGCCAUUGCAGAAGAUUAAUCGUUUGGAGCUGCCUUUGGGAAACAACCAAGGCUCCAUACAUAUGAUGAUCACGCUGACACCCUGCACUGGCGUCACCAUUUCCGAUCUGUGUGUUUGCCCACUGGCUGAUCCAAGCGAGCAGAUGCAAAUUGAGGAGAGAUAUUGCCUGAAAAACUCAUUCCAGAAUUUAAGAGACAUUGGCUUUCUCCAAGUUAAAGUAUUGAAAGCAGAAGAUCUCUUAGCAGCAGACUUUUCAGGGAAGAGCGAUCCUUUCUGCGUUCUCGAAGUGGGAAAUGACCGGCUGCAGACACACACUGUUUACAAAAACCUCAACCCAGAAUGGAACAAAGUUUUCACGUUCCCUAUUAAAGAUAUCCAUGAUGCUCUUGAGGUAACUGUGUUUGAUGAAGAUGGAGACAAGGCACCUGAUUUCCUUGGAAAAGUAGCAAUUCCUCUACUUUCCGUAAAGAAUGGCCAGCAAGUGGGUUAUUUAUUAAAAAACAAAGACUUGAGCAGUGCCUCUAAAGGAGUGAUAUACCUAGAAAUGGAGAUCAUCUACAACCCGGUCAAAGCAAGUAUCAGGACCUUUAACCCACGAGAAAAACGCUUUGUGGAAGAUAACCCCAAGUUUUCCAAAAAGAUCUUGUCAAGGAAUGUUUAUCGUGUCAAGAAGAUUAGUUUGGCAAUAUGGAAUACACUACAGUUCAUAAAGAGCUGCUUUCAGUGGCAAUCUCCAAAGAGAAGCUUAAUAGCAUUUUUGAUCUUUGUGUUAACGAUCUGGAACCUGGAGCUUUUUAUGAUUCCUCUGUUUCUGUUACUCCUCUUUGCUUACAACUUCACCAUGAUUACGACGGGGAAGGUCAGCACUCAGGACAACCUGGAGGGGAUGGAUAUCGGGGAGGAUGACGAAGAUGAUGAAAAAGAAUCCGAAAAAAAGAGCAUAAGAGACCGGAUACAGAUGGUACAAGACAUUGUAAUAACUGUUCAGAACGUCUUAGAAGAAAUAGCAUGCUUUGGCGAAAGGAUUAAAAACACUUUUAACUGGAGUGUUCCAUUCCUCUCAAUUCUCGCCUGCUCUGUGCUUUUGGUGGCCACAGUUAUUUUGUAUUUUAUACCUUUAAGAUACAUCAUCUUAAUUUGGGGCAUCAAUAAAUUUACAAAAAAGCUUCGUAACCCAUAUGCCAUUGACAAUAACGAAGUUCUAGAUUUCCUCUCCAGGGUACCAUCGGAUGUUCAAAAGGUGCAGUAUGGCGAGUUAAAACCCUGUAGCAACCAAGGUGUCCCCAGGAAGAAGCGGAGCGGGCUGUAGAGACAUCUUUUUACCAUUUCACGAGAAAUAAUUAACACUAAUUUCCACCACUGCCUCAACUUUUUAAGGACACAUUGUAGAGAGAUGACAUCUCCAAAUGUUCUGAUUCAUAUUCCCAACCAUUUUGUAGACAGAACAUGCCAUUUGUCUUGCAGUCAAUCAUGUUUGUUUUUUUCCCCCCUAAGUGGCUGUU